AUGGCGGGGGCUGGCCGGGAGCAGGAGGAGACGGCGGACUACUCAGACAUAAGCGACUCGGAGUUCCUGGACCUGGAGGAGCCGGGAGACUCGGAGCAACUCAGCUCCUCACAGAGUCGGCCUGGGACAUCCAAAGGAAAUCCAGGUCAGGAAGCUGGCCCACCGGGGGGCCCGAAGCGGAAGUGGGGGGUGGACGUCCAGACGCCACUGGAGAGACUCCGGCUCCGCUACCUGUGGGUCACCGACCUGACCAGCCAGAGCUGGUGCGAGCAACAGAUGGUGUUCAGCAAGGAGCUCCCUGGACUCCAGGCCCCCGAGAGAGCAGCCGUGAUGGACUUGGGUGCCAGCCUCCACCUGGCCAGAGAGCUGGAAGUCCAUGACAUCAUGACCAUCCCCACAGCCACGGAGGAAGAUUCUUGGGCCAUCAAACUCCUGAAUAUCCUGACGAUGAUCCCGGUCCUGCAGUCAGGGGGCCGCAUCCGGGAGUUCCCGGUGUUCGGGGAGGUGGAGGACAUGUUUCUGGUUGGGGUGAUUGACGAGCUGCACUACACUCCCAAGGGGGAACUGGAGCUGAUGGAGCUGAAAACCCGCAGCCGGCCGCUGCUGCCCCUGGCCGCUCAGAAGGACAAGGACUGCUUCCAGGUCCGCUUGUACAAAUACCUCUUUGACGCGAUGGUGCGGGGGCAGGUGACGCCCGCUGGCCUCGUCCGCCACGUCCAGCUGCGACCAGAACAGCCCCUCAGCCCCCAGGUCCAGGAUGUGGCCCAGAAGACCGGCUUCGCGGAGGCGGCGGCCACCCUGGGCGAGCUGGCGGAGCUGGCCUUCCUGCGCCUGACCCUGUCGGACCUCCCGUGCAUCGACCGCCUGCAGCUCAAGUAUAGCCACCAGGAGAGCGGGGCCGCCCUGGGGGCUGAGCUGGUGGCCUUCGAGGAGCGCCAGGUGCGGGCCCGGGCACGGGACUGCGUGGCCUACUGGAAGGGGCAGCGGGAGCCGCGCGGGGUGGACGUGGAGGAGGCCUGGAAAUGCCGGACGUGCGACUACACAGAAGUCUGCGAAUGGAGACGGCGGGGUGGGGCCGUGGGCCAGGGGCACCAGGCCAAGAAACCUAAGUGA